AUGACAGAUAUCGCGGUGGAGGCGGUGAAGACUGCAAUUAUCUCCGGGACCGCGACAAUUGCCACCGUCACGAGCCUCCAACGCUUACUGAGCAGCUCGAAAAACGACACUGAAUCGGCCUCAACUCCCGGUACAACAGCCAAACCUCCCGGACCGGCCAGAAGUACGAAGAAGGUCGCUACAUCAAGCUCUACCAGGAUCAAAUCGAAGCGAGAUCAAGAAAUCAAGAUCCGCGAAGAUGAAUCGCCCAGUCUGGCACCGAGGGAGAGAUAUGCCUUGGCCACGGAGAUUGUCAAUAUCGGACUCAAGGCUCUCCCGCAGACGAUGACAGCUUCGGUCAAGAGCCCCAAGAAAGCUCAGAUGAAGUUCGAGGGACCUCAUCUCAAAGCCGUCUCGGACUGUGCGCAUCUCGCAUUCUCGUAUCUGAGAUCUGUGGACAUCAACAAGCUUAACGUGAAGCCUUUGCUCAGGAAUCAGCUAGAGAAUGGCAUGCUUUCCCUUGCGGGAAGGAUGAUCAAUGCUGGUCUGGACUCCUUGGCUGUGAAAGAGCUGCGGAUCAUCAAGCGACUACUGGAGCAAUCUUCAAAUGCGGUUGCGAAGCAGGGCCGCACAGCAAAGACAAAAACCAACGAUCCUGAGACCAUGGCGAGCCUAUUACGAUUCGACCUUGAUCUCGCCUCCAGACCAGAUCUCCUUCCAAUGGUCGUCACGUUUCAUUUGCAUCUACUGAGGAUCUUGGCUCGUUCCCGUAAUCCAUCCGCUGUCGAGGAAGCGGCUCAAUAUCUCCGGCCCGGAACCCGAGGAUCACCAGUUCAGGCGAUUCAAUUGCUCAUGGAAGCCACUGGAGAUGUCACAAAGGCGAGCAGACAGCUUGAGACUGUGGCGAACCUGAUCCUACAAAUGUGUCCAGGUGUUUCGACCGCCGCAGAUGAAGCCGCGCAGGAUCCGAGUCGAGGUCCCGAGCCCGUAGCAGUUUUUCAACUUCAAACGUGUGCCCUGGAGAUAAGAAAAGAAAUGUGGAAACUGGUCGAACAUGAAGUUGAUUUCGAGAAAGAGCUCGCAGAGCCCUUCGCGAGGUGUCUUGACGCACUGAUGAGGAGAGUUUCCGGGCAGAAGCAGACUGUGACGCUCUACGAGAUUUGCAAAGGAGCAUAUAGCGAUUUGGGUCUCAAUGUGGCUCAGUCAAGUCAAGUCCGAAGCUCGGCCACAUUUUCGAGCCUUCGUGUUCUGUCCAUCCUUGCUCACCAGGCCAGUCUUCACGAACAUGUGUAUGAAUGGGCAGACCUGGCGACCAAGCAGUGUGAAGGCCUCGAGGCCGGACACGCUCGUUUCGCAACUGCCUCUACGAUGAGAUUGUCAGCCCACCUGGCAUGCUUGGAGAAAGCACCGAAGAAUACGAAUCUGCUCUCGGCAGUGCUCUGCGUGAACCAAUGCCUGGAGGGCAAAUUGACCGGUAGUGCGGCCGAUUUCGAGAUGCUACUUGAGGAGACCGCGCGCCUUGUCCGCCGUGAAAGUUCCGCGUUCACGGAUGACAAACUCCGCUCGUCGUGGCGUAUGCUGGUCUGUCUGUCAGCUGGGUUUGCGUCUCGAUAUGCUAAGUCGUAUACCGACUCGAGAAGCUGCAGGCUGGCCUUACAAAUCAUAAAUGCCGCAGUUUCACUGAGCAGAACGACCGAGGACCUCAUCUCAUGGACAACAAGAGACACUGUACAGACGUUUGUGCGUCUAGGGGCUCUCGAAAAGGUUUCAGAAGCUGCAGCAACAAAGCCUCUGACUCAAGCGUGGUCAACAUCUGCCGCAACCUUCACACUGAGCAGGAUUCUCAAGGCUCUAGUUGUGAAGAGCGCCAGCUCUCAGACCAAGUUCGGCGUGUCAGCAAUUAUUGACGAAGCUCUCGUUGAUGCAACGCAUCUCGGUCCGCUCUUCGAAUGUUUGCUUCACCACAUUCUGGAACUGGCCCAUAAGCGAAGAUACCAGAGCAGCGUUCGAUCAAUAUUACUGGAAAUUGUCGAGCGACUGGACAAAAUCUACUCAUUCGAUGCACAUCCCAUCCGACGGGCACGGGUUGCCGCAAUUGUUUUGCGUGGUUGCGAACAGUUCCCGGAGGUCCUCUCUCCCGACGUUAUUCAUGGACGCCUGCGAAGUCCUGCUAUAGAUACUGGCUCGCUGGGCAUGGAUGAGGGAUUGCAAGCAUACCUUCCAGAUAUCGGCGCCUCUCUCGCCGUAGCCAAGGCAUUCCAGGACGGAUGUCCUGAUAUCAAAGCUCUCGCGGCAAGCAUGUCGGCCUGGCGAACAUUACUUGAUGCUCCCGGCAAUACCACGAGUCUCGAUCAUGUCGUUGACAAUCCUCGCGUUUUGGUGGCACAGCUCGUAUCCCUUGAGGGAUAUCUCGGAGUCACGGGUGAUGAUCUGCUAAGAGCCGAAGUUGCUCAGCUGCUGUACGAUGCAGGUGGGCGCUGUGGUGCCACUGUGACCGAGCAAUACAGCUUUGCCGCGAAGGUUGCGAUGGCUCAAGUGUCGCUUGGCUACGCUGAACGUGCUGAGUCUGUUCUUGAAAAUGUGAGAGGUCGGUUCGACAUUCUAGGAUGUGAGGCACUCGAAGCUCUUGACUAUACUCUAUGUCGAGUCGAAGUAUUGCUGAGCUUAGAUCGGGUUCUUGACGGACAGGAAGUCUUGGAGACUGCCAGAGCAAUGCACUGCGCCUUGGAACAGCAAGAACUACGCUGUUCUCAGGCGCUUCUCAAUUCCAUUCAGCAUGGGCGCGGAUGGCUUCUGCACUCCCAAGUACUGCUAGCUCUUGCAAGGCCUGAGCAGUCCUUACGCUCUGCAAGAAGGGCUGUGAAACUUCUCAGCGGAAUCUGGGUCAAGCUUGAGCGCUCGAUCAAUCAUACAGAAGCCCCGAAAACCGAAGGGCAUUCCGAAUAUUCUGAAGCUGAACCUGUGGACAGGCUCGCAUCGAAGGUCAGCAAGCUCAAUCUUCAGCCCCAGAAGACGGCAGCCUCGCAGUCCUCAGACGGAUUAAUAAGGAAGGGUGCCAAGUUCUGGCCGGUGGCUCGAGUGCUCUGUCGAGCAUUCCUUCAUCUUGCGGAUCUCUACGUUCAUCACGGGAUAUUCAACGAGGCUAAUUACGCCUCUGAGCAGGCAGUCAAGACGGCAGCGGCUUGUCAGUCUCGACAAUUGCUUGAUCGAGUGCGGUAUCACCGGAGCAUUCUUCUCACCGCUGCUGGGCGGACUGAGGAAGCAGAACUCAGUCUAGCUCAGGAAAGGAGCGAUACAGACGCGAGACAAACGUUGGCCACGAUAGAGCUACUCCGGGCUCAGGCGAUUUUGUCGGCCAAAAUUGGCGAGUACAAGAAUGCCUUCAAGUCGAUCGACGAGGCAGAAGAAGUGGUCAGGGAACUACAAUCAAGCCAACCAGCUCAGUGUGAGGAGGCGCUUUCAGCUUUGAUGUCAGGAUCCUCGGCCAGCAAACCCGGCCCAUCCACGAAGAUAGCCAAACGACCUGCGAAGCCGGGGCCACAAUCGAAGAGCUCACGGACCACGACAGUAGGCAAGACGAACAAGAAGGCAGCCGCGAUCACGACCUCGCUGGAGCCAUACAUGCUUCGGAAGCUCGAAACUCGAUUGAAAUUGGAGAAAGCUGCAGUAUCCCUCAAGACAGGCCAUGAGAAGACUUUCCAGCUGGCGAAGCUAGCUGAUACCUGUGCAGCUCUCUCAGGCACUUUCAAAUGGCGCCAGUUCGAAUACGAAUCGCUCAUGAGCGAGCUCAGUGCUGCUCUCGAGGCGGACUUUGCAUUCAAUGCGCUGCCAGAGACGACACUUUCGUUCCCAGCUCUGCAAUGUUCGGGACGAAAACCGUCCUUGGACGUCGCUGUUGCUGCCUCAUCGUCUGACAUGAAGUCCACCAGGCCGACAAAGCCGAUGAAGCGCAAAGUCAGUGCUCCCACGCAUUUUGCAUCUCUGCUCGCCGCGGCACGACAAAGUAUGGCUGUGGAAAGUCUACAGAUGAACUCCCUGACAACGUCGGAGAUACACAAACAAUACGCCAUGGCAUCGAAUGCGUCUCUGUUGCUGUCAGCUACAUCCACGUCACAGGCCUCGAGCGUCCUUCACCCUGUGAGGGAAGCACUGUCUCUCGACAUUGCUCGUAUUCAUGCAACGCAAUGUCAGAACACCGUCACCUCGCUGGAAAGAGAAAUCUACCCAACGUCGAAGCUCAAUUCCUGGCCGCUUAUUGAACCACUUCGACACCAGGACACCGUCACUGCAACUGCCUUCCAGCAUGAAUUGAUCGACAUCAUCCCUGAACCGUGGACCACCGUCUCGAUGAGCCUCAACGAAGAGUGUAGUGAGCUCUUCGUCUCACGCUAUCGUCACGGCCAGCCACCACUGAUUUUGCGCCUUCCGUUUUCACGCCAGAAGUCAGAUGAUGCAGAAGAUGACAUGUUUGACUACGGAAUUGGAAAGGCAGAACUGGCGGAUAUCAUCGAGCUAUCGAAUUACAGCUGUCACAGCUCUGUCGAAACAAAUAAGAAAGGCGCGAAGACGAAUUGGUGGUCUGAGCGGGAAGCUUUGGACUUGCGGCUGCAGGAGCUUCUUAUCAACAUUGAGAAUAUUUGGCUGGGAGGCUUUCGCGGCAUCUUCUCGCAGCACGAACGAGACGUCGCCCAACUGACCCGCUUCAGAAAGGCGUUCGAUGUCAUCCUUGGUCGCCACCUACCAUCUCGACGAGCGCCAAAGAGAGGUUCCAAAAGCCUUGCGCUCGACGAUCAGGUACUGGAGCUAUUUAUCGGACUCGGCAAUGACCAGGAUGGGCAAGUGGAUCUGGACGAACCGCUCUCGGACCUGCUUUACUUCGUGGUCGACAUGCUGCAAUUCAACGGCGAGCGCAACGCUUACGACGAGAUCGAUUUCGAUAGCAUGGCGAUUGAGGUGCUGGACGCUUUGCGAUCAUACCACGAUGUUGUCGAAGAGACCGACAGGGACUCGGCGCAUUUGAUCCUGGUUCUCGACAGGCGAUUACACGCUUUUCCGUGGGAAAGCCUGCCUUGCCUUCAAAGCUCGAGUGUUAGUCGAGUCGAUAGCAUGCUGACCCUCCGGGACCGGAUUUUGGAAAUGCGGAGUGAGCGCCACGCGAUAUCGAAGCGGACAGGCAGUUACAUUCUCAAUCCUGGCGGGGAUCUGAAAGGCACUGAAACAACGAUGGCACCAGAACUGGCAAAGCUUGCGCAGACCAAAGGCUCAGAAUGGACAUCGAUUGUUCGUCGAGAACCCAGCGAGGACGAAUUCAGAAAAGCGCUGACUGAUUCCGCUACGCUGAUGUACUUCGGCCACGGCUCAGGCGCGCAGUACAUCCGUCCAAGAUCGAUUCGAAAGCUGGAAAAGUGUAGCGAAGUGGUCUGGCUCAUGGGCUGUUCCUCAGGUGCUGUGAAAGAGUUUGAUGAACUUGAGCCUUACGCGGUACCUUUGGCAUACAUGGCGGCUGGUCGCCACAGUGAGAUGCCCAUAUCGGCGGAGACCGUCAACGCGCGAUAUCAGAGCUCAGGCAAGUGCAUGGCUGUGCUUGCCACGCUUUGGGACGUGACAGACAAAGACAUCGACCGCUUUUCACUCGCCGUUGGAGAAGAAUGGGGGCUUUGGAGGCCUCCGCCAGAGUCAACUAAGCUGCCGGUGAAGACGCCGAAGAAGCGGGUUAUAGCUGCGCCUGUGACGCCACAGAAGGCAGCAAAGACCCCUAGGACUCCCAAGGUGAAGCAGACACCCGCUGCGCCGAAAACCCCUGCCAGAAGCCAGAGUCGACAGGCUGGGGAGUGCAAAGGGAACAGUAGCUUGGUACAAGCUGUGGCGAAGAGCCGAGAUGCCUGCUACUUGCGGUACUUGAACGGCGCUGCGCCGGUCGUGUAUGGCGUGCCGGUGUACUUGGAAGACUAG